CAGCGCUUCCCGGAAGACGAGCCCAAGGUCUCUCAUCCCGGGGUCACACACACCCCCGCCCCCAGCACGUGGUCGGAGGCCGAGGCCGAGGAGCAGGAUGGCGGAGCCCGAGCGGCAGCCGAUGUCCCUUCCCGGGGGCCCCGACGCAGGGGAGGGAGCUCCCGAGCUGGGCCCGGAUACGAAUGCCUUGGAGCCGGCACUUUCCGCCGCCGUCUCCCCUGGAACAGAGGAACCCACCGGCGAUGCCAAAAAAAAAAUUGAUGUUCUACUAAAGGCUGUUGGAGACACCCCUAUAAUGAAAACAAAGAAGUGGGCUGUGGAACGAACCCGAACAAUUCAGGGUCUCAUUGCUUUCAUCAAAAAAUUUCUUAAACUUGUGGCUUCUGAACAAUUGUUUAUAUAUGUGAAUCAGUCCUUUGCUCCUUCACCAGAUCAAGAAGUUGGAACACUCUAUGAGUGUUUUGGCAGUGAUGGUAAGCUGGUCCUGCAUUACUGCAAAUCUCAGGCAUGGGGAUGAUCUAUACCCAAUAAGAACCACUUGCUGCUUAGCACUAACCUCCAAAAAGGAAGCAGAGCACUGAGAGACUUUGUGUCCAAAAACAUGUUGGAAAGAGAUGAAUGUGAUCUUCUCUCCAUUUAUUUGCAAAAUACUCUCUUUCUGUAUAAGAGAAGUACCUAUAAACAGAAAAUGGAGUCCCACUAAAUGUAACUUAAACUAUUUGUCAUGUAAAUCAUCAUUACAAAGUUGACAGAAUAUAUCCAUCUUGCUAGUGUUGCAAAACGUCUUGGCUACUGUUUUCAUAAUGACAAAUAAUGUACUCUUAAUUUUCCUUUGAUAAAAGGGUUUUUUCUUUAAUACUUGUUUGUACAGGGAAAUCCAAUGUGCUUUAGCCAUAAGAUGUUCUCUCUCAUAUUGCAUCUCCUGGGGCAGUCUUUUCUUAAAACAUCUGUGCAGGUAGAAUAAAAUCAUCUCAGUUUUCAGUCUCUCCAUUUUGCUUACAUAGUCCAGAAGAGGGUAGUCCAACAGGCAAAGGAGGGAGGGAUAGCUAUUGCCAUCUCUCUUUAAUGUCUUCAUUGCCCCAUUGACGCUGAAAUUUGUUUAAAAUAACCUUUAAAAUAAUAAUAGGCAAUUAGCCAACAGGUGGCACAAACAGUUUGGGUAGUUGCAAGGAUACCUUAACAUAUUUAUUGUGUAAUAGAAACUCUCAACAUCAUAGGGCUAAUUUCUCUUAUAGUAAACAUUUGCAAUAGGUAGAUUGUCUAGAGCUUUUUAGUCUUACUAUUUAAUAAGUACACAGUGAUUUAUUACUGUAUAUUCAUUUAUACAGUGCCAAAAAUACUUUGUAUAUAACUACAACAACAUAUCUGGGUUAAACUUUGUUGGGGGGGGUUUGUUUGUUUUUAUUUUGUUUGUUUCAUUUUGUUUUUUUCUAAGUUUGAUUCUGGAGGGCUCUCUAAAAAUCACUCUCUGCCUCAUCUAUGUUUCAUGCUACUGCCAAAAAUUUAAUUUUUCCAGUAAUUUAGCCAUUAGAAUUAACUUUUUUCUUUACUGCAUUUGUCACAUGUUUUUUUCAACUAACAUUCCAGUAAAUUGAAUGAAAUUAUAUAUCAUUUUAAAGUGUCCACUGGAACCAUAAAAGAAAGAAAAAGAUUUUCAUAAAUUUUACAUUCCGACUUCA